UUUCUUUGCGCGGAACGCGACUUGCAGCGCAGAGCCCGAGGCUACGAGCAGCUCAAGCGACUCGCCAUCGCAAACAUUGAUGAGAAUCGACCGCCUGCGCCGCCACUAUCAGCAGGCCCCCACCCACAAACAAAUCCUCCAGUUACCUGCCCGAGGCGCCUUGCAUAUUCUGCGUCAUGAUUGUCGGAGCCUAAGUGCCUGCACAUUCAAUUGCUCGUCCGCUCCCUGGCCGUCAUCUGCGCCUGCCCUCCUCGCAGCAGCUCCUCCCCUUGACCGAGCUCCCAGUGGGCAUCCUCGCCCGCGACGGUCACAAUGUCGGCGGCACCAGGGCCCCAGGCCUUCACGUCUUCGUAUGCGCCCCGAUUGCGGACAUACAACAACUCGCUGCUAGUGCCUGUGAUCAACACACCCCAGGCAGGCCCCAUCGCACGAACAACCAAGCGAGGCACGACCGUCAUCAACUACGCCGAGGACGGCUACGACGACUACGACGAUGACGACGACGACAGCCGCCGCCGGCCCACGGGCCUCCGGAGCCUGCGCCGAGACGACAGCGUGGCCAAGGUCGACCCUAGCGAGCGCGUGGGCAAGGACACGACGGUGCCUGUUGAGGUGGCUGGCAUCUGGAGGGACUGGAUGGGCAAGAGUCGGAUACCCCGGCCGGACGCACAGAACUAUGCGCAGGCCUCGCUGCCUCUGACUCUUAUCCCCAUCCGGCUCGAUGUCGAGAUCCCCUCCUUCAUACCGGCGCCAAACAUCCAGAACGUGAACGACUCGACACAGAAGCAGGAAAUGACUGUCCCGUACCGUCUCAAGGACAGCUUCAUGUGGAACCUGCACGAGACGCUCAUCACCACGGACCAAUUUGCUCAGCAGCUCGUUCACGACCUUGAUCUGCCCAACAGGAACUCCGUUAUGGCCGAGAUCAGCAAGCAGAUCAGGACACAACUAGAGGAGUACGCAGGCGUGGCCCUCCACCCGCUCUUCCACUCUGCCCAGAAGCCUACCGCUGGACCCGUGCCGCCAACACUGAGUCGAGCCGACUCGGCCACCCCAACACCCCAGGCUGUGGGCGCAGGCCGCUCAGACACCCCGCUACGGGGUGCUCUAUUUGCACCCGCCACCCCAUCGAGGCUUGGGCCAGGAACGCCAGUGCCGACAACAUCAAUGUCUCAGGCCGCGCCGACCUCGAAUGCCGAGGUAACGGCUACGGCCGAGCACGCUUCGGGGGAUUCGGACGACCUGAACCUAGACGAUACGUACCGCUGUGUCGUAACCCUCAAUAUCUACCUCGGCUCUCAUCUGUACACGGACAAGUUCGAAUGGUCGUUGCUCCACCCGCCAGGCACCGCCGAGGCCUUUGCCAAGGUCACAUGUGCGGACCUUGGCCUGUCAGGGGAGUGGGUGCCCGCCAUGACGCACGCUAUCUACGAAGCGGUGCUGCGGCUGAAGAAGGAAGCGUGCGAGUCUGGUGGGUUGGUCGUGUCUGGUGCUGGAGACUUCCCCGGUGCUGACGCAUCUAGCGGUGGUCCGGCGGGUGCAGACGGUGCUGGAGCCGGCUGGAGGCACGACCCGGAGCACCUGGCGGACGACUGGGAGCCGCGGGUGGAGCCGCUGUCCAAGGAGGAGAUGGAGAAGCGCGAGGGCGACAGGGAGCGCCAGAUCCGCAGGUUACGGCGCGAAACGGCCCGGUUCAGCAGCAACACGGGCAUGGUCGGCGGCGUCCCAGUCGGCUUCGGCUUCGGUGGCCUGAUCGAGCAGGAAGAGGAGCGCAUGGGCCGCGGCGAGCGGAGCAAGAAGAAGCGCCGCUUCCGCAGCCUGUCGCCCCUUGGCCGAUCAGGCACCCCGGGCGGCCGCGGCACACCCGAUGUUGGCGCGUCCUCGGGCGGAUAUGGCGGCGGAGGGACCCUGACGGAUACGGAGCGGAGUAUGUGGAGGUGCUCGCACUGCAAGGUCUGGGGAACGUGCGUUUGGGCCGUGCGGGACGGACCACAUGGGCCUCGGUCAUUAUGCAACAAUUGCGGCUUCACGUACGAGCGGGACCGCAAACUGCCUCGCUGGACAAAGAACAUGCACGCCAACGACAUGCGCUUCGUCUAGAACACGGGCCACAUGAAUGCGGCGGCCAACGGUACUCAGGUUCAGAGUGACAUUGACAGCGUCGUGCCAUCGCCGGCUCGGAAGCGCCGCGCCGCUGGAAAGUCGACAGGCUGAAAGCCUCGACUGCACUCUUCUAGUCCGUCUAAUCAACUGGCCGCCGGGACCAGCAACACGGAGGUGGGGUAGACAUGGUACAAAAGAAGGGAGGGUUGAUUUGGCGGCGUACUUUGGGUUGGGAACAAAGCGGCGGGCAUGUUUUACUCCUUAUUUCUCUUUCAUUUCCUCUUUUCCCCCCUUGGCUAUACGUGCACGUUGGCACCUCUGCAAACCCACCUACCUCCCUCGACGUUGAUUCUCGACAUGCCCCGAAACUGUGUCUUGAUCAGGAGAACACUCAUAGACGGGCGCGAUUUUUACCGAUAUGUUCAGUGUGCCAUACACAAACUACGAGCGUGCUAAGACAGCAUCGCCGAUAUACGAGCCGGCCACACGGAAGAGCUUAAUAGUAGCACUUGAGAUGUCGAACUAAGAUUCCAGCUGAAUAGAUAUGUCUUAGUGCAUGAUACAACUGCCAGAUUGUACAUAUAUUUAUAUAUUCUCAUUUUUGCGUACCUCAUAACCAACAUGAGAAAUACGCCGGACAAGGGAUAGCACGAUCAAUAAG